AGAACAUGGCUAGUAGACCUCUUAAAACAUCAGAGUAUCACUUUGAAGCUGGCCAUGGUCAAAAUAACGCUGGUUCAAGAAGACAAGCUUCUCAGACACCCCAGCAAAGACCAAAGUCUGUCUCCAUAAAAGAAAGUGAUUUUCCUGUGAAAAAAGUUUUUACACGCCACCCUAAAGAAGUUGAAUGUUUUAGAAAAUCAAAAUAUUUUACUGACCUUAAAUUAAAGCAUGUAAAACUUUUUAUGGACGGGGGUCAAGUUGUUAUUGCAGGUCCUGAUGAAAAAAGUAUUAAACCAAUAAAACAGAAAGUGGAAGAACAGUUCGGUAAAAUAAAAAGUGCAACAAGCAGAGUGACCAAAUCAAUGGCAAGUUUACUGACUAUGGAAGAUGUGAUGUCUUUCAUUGACUUGAAACUUGAUAUUCCAAAAAUAUCAGUAGCUUGGGGAAUUGAUGUAGUACUGACUGAGGAUAAUUUGAUAGUUUAUGCAUUGAGUGAGAAAGAUGCUUCUGAAAAAUUAAAACAGAUUAAAGGAUGUAUCAAAGAAAUAAGAUUUUCUAUGGAGGAAAGCCAAUCUGAAAAAAAUCAGAAUCUAAUCAAAAGUAAUAGUUCAAGAUUGAUAACUAGUUCUACAACUGACAGGAAGGAAUUAGUAGUUUAUACCACUCAAGAUAUCCAUGACCAAUAUUUUCAAAAAGCAAAUGCUGGUAACAAAUCUGCAAAAGAAAGAAAGUCACAAGCACCAAAUCCAAAUCAGCAAGGUUCAACAAACUCAGCAAAAAGUAUAGCAGCAGGGUCUGGUGGUACUGGUAACACACGAAAUACUUCCGCAAGUCAACCAGAUACUCGGGAAAAAAAUAAAAAAUCUGCAGGAUCUUCUAAGGAUAAUUAUGAUGAGAAUGGUGAUCCUAUUCCUGACUAUGAUCCUGUAAAUAAAGCAUCUGAUAAAAAAUUUAUUAAAGUUCCUUUGAAGAUAGAAUCGGCCAAAAUAAAAUAUUUAGAGAAAUAUGAAUGUAAAAAGUUGGAUGGAAUAUGUGGAAAGUAUGAUGUUUCUUGUGAAGGUACAACUAAAAUGGAUUUGAGCAGAAAACAAGCAAAUAUAGCUUCUGCAGAACAGGAGCUUUACAGUUUAGCAGAGAAAUUCACAGUGAUGGAUGGUUUCUCUUCUGCUGGAAAGCCUGUAAUUGGUGAAUGUAUCCUACAAGAAUGGGAAGGACUGAAGAAGGACAAAAAAUGUAUGAUAGUGGUUGAACCAUGUCACAAACCAGUGUUAAAAUCAGGAUGGAUUGCCAAAACUGAUAAUCAGUUGAACAUUUUGUUUAUGAGUGGAACAUUGAACACAAUUGAAGCUGAUAUCAUUCUCUGUCCAGUCAAUAAGGAAUUGGUACCUAUAGGAUUUGAUUCUGAAGCAUUGAUGGGAGAAGAAAAGCAGUCAAUAAAAGUAUUAGUAGAACAAGGUUCCAUACUUGAUUAUGAUACCAAGGUUGAUGUCUUAGUCAAUUCUGUUGGUGCUCUACUCGAUCUGAGCAAUGGGAUUGUGUCCAAAAAACUACUGAAGAUAGCUGGUAAUGUUGUUCAAGACGAAUGUAAUAAAACCUACAAAAAAGGCAUCAAUAUUGGAGAAAUUGCCAUCACUUCUCCAGGGAAUAUGAAAUGUAAAAAGAUUUUUCAUGUGGCAUUGUAUGUGUACUGGGUUUCUGAUGGAAAUAUUUCUGUUGAAAUUCUUAAGAACAUCAUGAUAAGAUGUAUGAAUGAAGCUGAAGAGAGGAAAAUGACUUCCAUUGCUUUUCCUGCUUUGGGAACAGGCAAGUUAGGAUAUCCUCCAUGUUUUGUUGCCAAGACAAUGUUUGCUGCUGUUGAUGAUUAUGAAAGAACAAAUCCUACAUACUUAAAACAGGUUUAUAUUGUUCUGUUUGGAGACACAGAUGUAUUACAGCAUUUUAAAAACAUUGACAAAUGGAGGAAAGACAAUGGUAAAGAAAGAAUGGAAUAUGAUAUUCCGCCAAAGCAUUUAGUGUAUAUUCCAAGAGACUUUGAAACCAGAGUAACUGUAGCAGAUAUGGAGUAUUAUAGUAGUUUGAAAUACAAAGACUUGAAAGUAGUGGUAGCAGAAACUGGCAAUCAAGCGUAUCUUAAGGACACCCUGUUCUUGAAAAGAUUUUAA